AUACAAAAAGAAAACAAAACAAUUUAGUACUAAUUUAUUUGUUAAACUGUAAAGUUCAUUCAUAGAUUUGUAGGAAACGGGUUUGCUGUUUAAUCAAAUUUACAUAUAAUAGAUAAAAACCAUGUCAAAUUUAUUGAAAUUAUUAAUAUGUAGUGCUUUUUUUGUAUCAUGCAUUUAUGGCUUUCCCGAUUCCCGAAAUCCCAAUGCUGAAUAUGAGUUAAUAAAUCCCAAAAAUCCUGAACCACCCACUAAGCCUUUGAUUGUACCUAUAACUACUCCUCCUAAUAUUGUUAUCAAUACACCACCUCCACCACCAGCAGAUUCUAAAACUUUCGCUUAUGAUCCUGUCUCGAAAACUUGGACAAAAGUUAAAGAAACCGAUCCCCAGCCAGCGGAGGGUAGUCUAUUAUGGAAUCAAAACAAUGAUAAAUGGUUGACAAUGGUUGCUCGCUAUUAAUUAAGGAACUGUAGCUUUAGUUAUGACGUUUAACAAGUUGAGAUUUUAUAUUAAGUUAUAGUUUUAAGUAAUAUUAUAAAUUUAUGCAUAUAUUAAAGUGAAUUAAACCGU